UUACACUACAUUGCUUCUUUCUUUGGUGUGCUAAGUGUAGAUAUUGGACGAUCUUUUUCCUGCUACGUUUUAUGGUCGGCCACCCAAUUACAAUCAUGGGAAUAGUCAUGGUUGUCCAGCAAACUGAUGUUAUGUUAGUAGCUACUAAUGUAGAAACUGUGAUACAGAUUUGGUUUUAGCUUUAUUGCCCACGACACUCCACAAUGACACAAGCGGAGAGAGAGCAAGAAAACGGCAAAGAGAAAGAAAAGGAAAAGGAGCGAGAGAAGGAGAAAGAGAAAGAAAAGGAACAGCGUGGUAUCAAAAGACCAAUCGCACCACCGGUUAUCCCAGAGCCUCUUCAAGAACAAAUUCAGAGUAACUUUAUCGUUGUGUUACACCCUGGAUCGAAAACGUUGAGAAUUGGUAGAGCAACCGACACGCUUCCUGCGACUGUCCCGCACGUCAUAGCCCGCAGACAUAAACAAACGUGCCAGCCCCGAUAUGAGGAUGGAUGGCUGGUGAGAGAAGGCCUGAAUAAACCAGAGAGUAAUGAACAGAGGCAGAAUGGUCUCAAAAUGGUUGACCAGGCGAUCUGGUCAAAGAAGAUGUCCAAUGGCGUACGGAGGACGCCAGUGUCUGCUGAACAGGCCAGGUCUUAUAACAGACUGAUUCGACCAGCAGGUCUGGACACUAGCUCCAGGAUGAAGUGGACCACCACAGCACACCAUCCAGAGCACCUGGUGGGAGAGGAGGCAUUGUAUGUAAACCCCACUGACUGUUACAACGUGCACUGGCCCAUCAGCAGGGGGCAGCUCAACGUGCACGGCGGUGCAGGGGGUUCUCUGACUGCUGUCCUGGCCGAUCUGGAGGCCAUCUGGAGCCACGUCAUCCAGAAACAACUGGAAAUCCCCCUAAAAGACCUCAAGUAUUACAGAUGUAUCCUUUUAGUCCCUGACAUCUAUAACAGGCAUCACAUCAAGGAACUGGUCAACAUGCUGCUGCUCAACAUGGGCUUUUCAGCGAUCGUAGUCCACCAGGAGUCUGUGUGUGCUACCUUCGGCAGUGGCCUGAGCAGUGCCUGUGUGGUGGACGUGGGCGACCAGAAGACCAGUCUGUGUUGUGUGGAGGACGGGGUGUCUCACCGCAACUCCAGGCUGUGUCUGGCAUACGGGGGCGCUGAUGUCACCCGCUGUUUCUUCUGGCUCCUGCAGAGGGCAGGCUUCCCCUACAGGGAGUGUCAGCUCUCCAACAGGGUGGACUGCAUCCUGCUGCAGCAACUCAAAGAGACCUUCUGCCACCUUGACCAGGACAUCUCUGGGCUUCAAGACCACGAGUUCCGCACCCGUUUCCCAGAGUCCCCUGCACUGCUUUACCAGGUUCGACUUGGGGAUGAGAAACUGCAGGCUCCUAUGGCCCUGUUCUACCCCACCACGUUUGGAAUAGUGGGCCAGAAGAUGACCUCCUUGCAGCACAGAUCUCAGGGUGACCCAGAGGACCCACAUGAUGAACACUACCUACUGGGAACCCAGAGCAAGCAGGACCAGUCCUCUAAAGCCUCAGCGGAGCGUAAAUCCCUUCCCAAGCCGCCUGGGUUCGAGGGGGAGUUGAGCAGCCAGGGUGGGGACCCCUCAGAACGUGGAGGUGGUGCCCAUGGCCAGGAUGUGGAGCUGGGACACUCCCAGAACGACUGCCUGAUGGGAGGAGCAGAGAUGGAGGAGCCUCCCUCAGCACUCCUCUCCAGGAAGACUGCCAUGACCCAGUUUGAGGGCAAAGCGCUAGGCUUGGACAAAGCCAUCCUACACAGCAUCGAUUGCUGUGCAUCUGACGAGACCAAGAGGAAGAUGUACAGCUCCAUCCUGGUGGUGGGGGGAGGCCUACUGUUUCACAGGGCUCAGGAGUUCCUGCAGCACCGCAUCCUCAACAAGAUGCCCCCCUCCUUCCGCAGGGUGGUGGAGAGCGUGGAGGUCAUCACACGACCCAAGGACAUGGACCCUCGCCUGAUCUCGUGGAAGGGGGGAGCGGUGCUGGCCUGCCUGGACACCACCCAGGAGAUGUGGAUCCACCAGAGGGAGUGGCAGCGCUUUGGUGUGCGCAUGCUGAGGGAGAGGGCUGCGUUUGUCUGGUGAACCACCCCAGACUACAUCCCACUGAAACAAGGGAGCACAGAGGGAGAAGCCCAUUAAUUUAGACAGUAAAACAUUGGCACAGGUACUACUCAUAGAGAAAGACAGUCGGACACACAAUAUAAGGCAAAUACUUAACCUGGGCACUGUCCCUCGUAGGUUUCAAACAUCUCUCUCUUACUACCUUAUAUUGUGUAGUGUAACGUGUACUGCAUGUCUUUCUGACAGUUUAACUGGUGCCUGUGUGGUAGAUUGUUUAAAUAGCUGUUUUGUUCACAGUUUCUUUCUUCUGGCAUUGUGGAUGUUAAAUUUGAUUAAAAACGUACUUAUUUCUUGAA